AUGUCGCACAUCAUCUCAUCCGCCAUGUCGGUGGCUCAGCAGAAGCUGGGCACCGCCUCAUCCGCAACCAACAACGACGCAUCCGACCACCAGCCAGGCCUUUCUCCCCCACUCUCACCCGUAGACGACCAGGACAUCGAGCUUACCGCUCCAACUCCGGCAGCUGCUCGCGCCUCCAAGUAUCGUCCUUCCACUGCACCCUCUUCGUCGCCCAUGCCUGCCCACCUCAAGACGUACAAGAACAACCUGGGCAACGACAUCACCAUCGAUGUCAACAUCGGACCCAGCACCUCGUCCGCCUAUGCUAGAGCGCAGGGCAGCACCGCUUUCCACCACGCCCACAAGCACCACAGCAACUCUUCUUCGCCACCUGCCCCUGUGCCUUCCUCUACCUCUGCGCACGCCCAGGCUGAACCUCAUCUGGCGGCGCCUGCCGAUGACGCCACAGCACCGCGCCCUACUCGCUCGCGUGCCAGCUCGCUCGGCUACGCUGGCCUUGCACCUGCCACUCCCGGCACAGAGGACACCGACCCGCUGCUGCUCCGAUCUCGUGUAGUCGAAGAGUCCGAUAUCCGUCGUCGACACUCGGGCAAGGGCAAGAACAAGCGAAGCGAGCGCCAGAUCCGAGACUUUUACGAGGCGCAGAACGAGCACAUCGAGCGUCUGCUCAAGCCCAUUUCGGCGCACGCAGACGAGGACAAGCAGGACCGCGAGUCGUCUGCGCUCAAGGUCAAGAUCGCCGUGUACGCCUCGAUCGGCGCCAACUUUGCGCUCGCCGUACUCCAGCUCUACGCCGCCGUCAGUUCGCUCUCGCUCUCGCUGUUUGCCACGGCCGCCGACUCGGUGUUUGACCCUUUCGCCAACAUCGUCCUCAACUGGCUGCAUCGCAAGAGCGAAAAGGUCGACGACCGCAAGUGGCCCAUCGGAGGCUCGCGCUUUGAGCCCAUCGGCAACAUCGUUUACGCCGCCCUCAUGGGUAUGGUCUCUGCCAUCCUGGUCGUCGAGUCCAUCAAGGACCUCGCCACGGGCGACAACGACAGGAAGCUGCACAUUGCUUCACUCAUCGCUGUCGGCGUCGCUUUUGUCACCAAGGCGAUCCUGGCCAUCUACUGUUUCGGACUGCGCAAGUACAGCUCGCAGGUCGAAGUUCUGUAUCAAGAUCACCGCAACGAUCUGUUCAUCAACGGCUUCGGUAUCUUCACCUCGGCCGCCGGUGCCACGGUGGCCGGGUGGAUCGAUCCCGCGGGUGCGCUCGUCAUCUCGCUCGCCAUCAUCACCUCGUGGACGCGAACGGCGUUCGGAGAGUUCAAGACGCUCGCCGGCGCCGCUGCACCCACCGACUUUUUGCAGCUGGUCACGUACAAUGCGGCGCUAUUCAGCGACGAGAUCCAGGCGAUCGAGAGCGUUAGGGCGUACAGUUCCGGUCCGAGGUACAUCGUAGAGAUCGACAUCGUCAUGCAUCCAGAGACACCUCUGUGGAAGAGCCAUGAUCUGAGUCAGGCGCUGCAGGACAAUUUGGAGUCACUGCCUAUGGUCGAGAGGGCGUUUAUACAUGUGGAUCAUGAGGUGGAACACGCUUUCGAGCACAAGAAGGCUGUUUAG